AUGGCGGAAGACGAUAUCGCCGCCUCUGCGGUCUUCAUACCGCCGUCGGUACAGGACAACCAUGAAUCACUCCUUUGUGGGAGAUCCUACGCGCAUUAUAGCUGCGUGCCCGAAGCCAUCACCGUCAGGACAGCCUCCUCAUCGGCACCAGGGACGCAGUGUGUUCUGGGUGUAGACGAGGCUGGACGUGGCCCUGUCAUUGGCCCCAUGGUGUAUGGCGUCUACUACCUCCCUGUCGAGAUCCAACAGUCCCUCCUUACGGAAUCGUAUCAUUUCGACGACUCCAAGGUCCUCACGCCCGCGGUGCGAGCAAACCUCAUGAAGGCGGUUUGUACUGCCGGGACGGAUCUCUUCCAGUCGUCCGGCUGGGCCAUCAAAUCCCUCAGUGCCCGCGACAUCGGCGCCGGGAUGAUGAAAAACGGCGGCUCGUAUAAUCUUAACGCCCAGGCCAUGGAUGCCACGGUCGAGUUGAUCCGCGGCGUUUUAGACCAGGGUGUCAACGUGACAGAGAUCUACGUCGACACCAUCGGCAAGCCUGCCGUCUACCAGAAGAAACUCGAGCUGAUCUUCCCCACCAUCAAGAUCACGGUCGAAAAGAAGGCGGACAGCUUAUUCCCGUGCGUGAGUGCGGCAAGUGUUGUCGCCAAAGUCACCCGAGACGUCAGCUGCGAAGCUCUUCUAGAGGCAUACAACCAACAGCAGUCGAUGACAGGCGACGACUCAUCAGAAUCGUGGGGUUCCGGAUACCCAUCUGACGCAAGAUGUGUUGGGUGGCUCAAGUCUGCCAUUGACCCUGUCUGGGGGUUUGGGAACGAAUGCCGCUUCAGCUGGGGCACGAUCAAGGACAUGCUCGAACAAAAGGGCGGCCCAGCAACGAAGACCGAGUGGCCAGACCAAGGCGAAGACGAGAACAUGAGGCUCUCGCAGUAUUUCAGUGCCAAUGGACCGUCAGGGCCAAGGACUGAGAGGGAUGAAUUGAGGACGUGGUUCGGAACCGGCGUUGGUCAGGAAGCAUUUUGA